AUGUCAUCUUCGGCAGACCUUGACAAUGACGACGACUACGUCGCUAAGCUUCUCGUCGACGAUGCGAGGAAGAGUUCGGUGCGCUAUGCUUCCCAAGGCCUGUCCGCCUUGCUGCCCCAAAGACCGACCGCCCCCUGGCCGAAACCGAAUACUCGCUUCCUGAAAACCUUGGUCCGUGAAGCCGAUAGCCACAAUGCAAAACUGAAGGAAAAGGAAGAACUGGAGGCAAGAAUCCGUCUAAGAAGGAUCGUAGGCGCCGGGCCAGCCACCAGAAACCCUAAACGGGACCGGGACAACGAAGGUCACAAGCGGGAGCGGAAGAGACGACGGUUAAGUGACGACGCUGAAGACGCACAGAGCCCCCAGAGAGACAGACGUGACAGAGCCCGAGUGUCCAGACAUAGCCAGAGCCCUGAGCAGCGCGGAAAGCGAGACGAUGAGCACAGACGGCGGCGGCGGCGGCACCGGCAGAAGAGUGACGAAUCCAAUGAAGACCACGACUAUAGAAGAUCUCGACUUGACCGCUCUCCUCGCCGAAGCAGGUCUCAUUCACGGACCAGGUCCAGAAGCAGGGAGAGAAAGGAGCACAGGGAGACACGCAAAAGAGACAGACACGAACGAAAAUCCCGCCGACUUUCUCCACCCACCGACACGAAACCAGAGUGGCAGAAGGAUGCCAGGGACCACACUCGCACGCAUAUGCCUUCGAGAUCCUCCUCCACCUCAUCCGACCCUCUCGCCUCACUGAUCGGCCCACACCCAACAUCGGCUGACGCAGAGCAACCUCCGCAGCGCCGUGGCCGGGGCUUCAACCACCAUGCCUCGCACCGGUCCCGCUCAAACAUCGACGCCCACUUCUCCCCAACAUAUAAUCCCACCACACCGCACGACGAGGGUCUCGACUCUGACACUCUGAACCUGGGGGACGAAGGAGGUGACCUGGACGAAUGGACAUCCGCGCUCUCAGCGCUUCGAGAUCGGAGAGCCUGGCGCGCGAAGCAGGCCGAGCGCAUGAAAGACGCCGGCUUCACCGACGCGGAGAUCGAGCGGUGGGAGAAGUCCUCCUCCCGGACCCUCCUGGGCGGCGGUUCAGGAAAAGACGAGGGCGACGUCCGCGACGUCAAGUGGCGCAAGAAGGGCGAAGAGCGGGAGUGGGACAUUGGCAAGGAGAGAAGUCCCAGCCCCAGUGUAUCCGGCGGCGACAUGCCUGGACCUGCCGUUGUUGGCAGGGCAAAGUCACCGGCAAGAGAGGGUAAUGCGACGAGGACCUCGAGCGAAGGAAAGAAGACUGCUAGAGGGAAAGGGGUUGACUCCGCAUGGCGCCGACCCGAGAGCGGCCUUCUGAAGCAGUUCAAGAGCGCUCUUCGUUGA